AUGCACUUCAGUAGGCAGAAUGUCAACUGUUAAAUUUACCUUGAACAAGUACAACUCGUCCAUUCACCUCUAAAAUUGAGCACUGCAACAUCCUUUAUACAUACACACGCGCGCACACACACACAUUCUUCAAAAAGUUCCACUACUGUUCAGGUUUUGUUAUGCACUUGACCUACAUGAAUCUGCUUAACUGAUUUUGUUCAAGGCGGUGAUACAAGUUUUGAGACAAUUAUGGUGUACAGAAUCUUAUCUGUUGAUUGGGCUAUAUUACCCCUGCAAUAUGCUUUGUGGAUGUUGAUGGUGUACUUGAUAGAUGUAUGGAAGCUCAAUCUCACAGAUGCAGCUGCAAUUGUUAAUAUUUUCCUUGGUUUGAUAAUGUUAAAGGAAAUGUUACUUAGCCAAUAAGGAUAAUUUAGUAAAUUCACCAGCUAGGUAGUUAUUCUGUUAAGAUGGUAGUUAGUAGUUAGUUAGCUAGUAUUAAUUAGUCUAAACUAGCUUAGCAACUAUAAAUAUUCUAUAUACAUCAUUGCUGUAACUUAAGUGAAAGAAUAAUAAGAAAAGAUUUUCUCUCUACACGUUCUUCUUCUUCAUUCUGCUUUCUAUCUAUCUUCUUCUCCUUUCUUCAUCUUAGUCACUAAAUCAGUGAAAUUCACCAUUGCUAUUGAAUUUAGAUCAUGGUAUCGGAGCAAUCAAAGCCAAAUCCAGCUUUGAUUUGAUCCAAUUCCGCAAAUUCAAACUGAAUUUUCACAGUUCUUGGUUGUAUCGAAAAGUUCAAGAUAUGCAAAAUGGGUGAUCAACAAGAUCAUAAUUCACAGAUGAAUCACACAUCUACUGGGGCGUCUAAUCAGCCAGCAGGUAUCGAUUAAAAUCAUGCAUUGUUUCUUCAUCCCUCAGAUGUGAGUGGUAUACAAAUUAUUUCGUUUCAGCUAACAGGAAUCGAAAACUACUCUGUUUGGUAUCGAUCAAUGCGUGUAGCUUUGCUAGGAAGGAACAAAUUAGGGAUGGUAGAUGGUUCUUGUAGGAAAGAAAAUUUUCCUGCUGCUAUGGGAAAUCACUGGGGGAGAGUGAAUGCUAUUGUGCUAUCAUGGAUCAUGAACUCUGUAAAUAGCAGUCUUCUUGGUGGCAUAAUGUAUGCUUCUAAUGCUCAGGUAGUUUGGGAUGAUUUGUAUGAAAGAUUCUAUAAGGUAUAUGAUGCAAGAACUUUUAACUUGCAUAAAGAAAUAGCAACAUUGACUCAAGGAACUUCGUCUGUUUCUGUAUAUUAUUCGAAGCUGAAGGAUAUGUGGGAAGAAUUUGAGUCCUUAAUACCAGUUCCUGGAUGUGACUGUCCAAGAUCUAGGGAUUUUGUGGUGUAUCUGCAGAAGCUAAAAGUAUAUCAGUUUCUUAUGGGACUUAAUGAAUCUUAUUCACAAGCCAGGAGUCAAAUUCUCAUGAGAAGUCCUCUCCCAACAGUUAAUCAAGCAUAUUCAAUGAUAAUUAGUGAUGAGAGUCAAAAAGCAGUAGCUGCUACAUCUGGAAUUUUAGGUGCAAAUCCUAUAGGAAAUUAUAAUGUAGCAAUGUAUACAAGAAAUAUGGGAAAUCAGAAGUAUAAAAAGAAUUAUAAUGUUCAAUGUGACUUCUGUAAACUCAAGGGACAUAGCAAAGAAAAUUGUUUCAAGAUCAUUGGUUACCCCCCAGAUUUCAAGUUUAAAAAGAAAGGUAAUGGUGGAACAGGAGGACCUGCAUCAUAUAAUGUUCUUGCAGAGAUGCCAAAUCAACAAGCUAGUGCAAACUCAACUGGAAAAUAUCAGCAGGCACAGACUCAGGCACAACAGACUCAGAUGACCAAUACCUUCCAAAAUUUUGGUCAUGCUAAUAACUCUCAGGCAAUACCAGUGCCACAAAUAGGAGCAUUUACAAAAGAUCAAUAUGAACAAAUACUACAAAUCCUCAACAAAACUAACACUGAAAAUAGCACUAGCUCUGCAGCAAAUGUAACAGGAUCUCUUCAAUGGGAGGGUGAAGGAGAUUGGUAAAGAAAGAGAUGGAUUAUACAUUCUGCUAAGUCAGCUGGCUAACAAGGAUAUGAAUUUCAGCCUACUUGUCAAGGAAGUGUUUACAGCUAAAGAAAUAAGUCUAUGGCAUAGAAGAUUUGGGCAUGUGUCUGUAAUUGUCCUAAAGAAAAUGCUUCAGAAUAAAGCUGAGUUUAUAGCAGAAGUAGUGAAUAAAUGUAAUGUUUGUCCCUGUGCAAAACAUACCAGACUACCUUUUCCAACAAGUUGUAUUAGAAGUACUGAAGUUUUUGAGCUAGUAUAUAUGGAUA